UUCACGACAUAGAAUGUGGGUCUAUUUACGUUUAUUGUUGGUUACAAGUACGUUAGGGAUGGUUAUUUCGUUAUACAGGGUCAAUAUUGUUGUGGGCCGAGGUGGAAAAGUUGGCCACUUUGUGUCCAGCAGAAAGCGUUAGUUCAGUUGGGAGAAUUAGACAGAUCUUUUCUGAAAGCUGGUGACUUCUAUUUCUGCCUUCGACAAUCCUGGCCAUCCCCAUAUGGGACAUCGCCCAGUGGUUUGGAAGUCGUGUGUGUUUAUAGAACCUAUAACGGCGUGAAAGAACGUGUAACACAUGAGAGUGAAUUUCACAAACUUUUCACCAUGGACUGGAUCCAUAAUUCAUUAAUACAAAAUUCUUCGUCUGCGCUGUCAACCCAAGAUUCUGAUGAGGAUUUGCCACACCUGUUACAAAGUCUCCUGGUGACUGUUGAAAAAGGCAUCGAGAGAAUUGAAUGGCAAAGCGUAACAAAGCCUUGGUCAUGUAGUCACGUUUUCCCAUCGCAGCUUCUCAAUUCCACUGACUCUUUUUACCACGAAAACCAGGCGGUAAGCACAAAAGACAGGUUUGUACAGACUAGUCCAGAACAUGAACUGGACAAAGAAAGCCACGAUACAGAUUGUAGAAGUCAAGUGGCCGUUGCUUGCGACCAUGUUGUCACGAAAACUGAUGAUAAUCACGUUGAGUUGGGAAAAUACUAUAACCAAAGUGACAUUUCUAGACUCCAAAUGAGCUCCCAAGACCAGAUGACAAGAGUGACAACAGGUAAAAAUAGGUACUCUCAAACAGAUUUUCAGCUUGAUUCGUCAACUACGCCAUCGCCUGCAGUGACGUCAUUAUAUCACAGGGAGGAAGAACCUGACGACGGUUACCAUGACAACAUAUUAUCUCAACCAACAAAAAUCAGUGAAGUCGAUGUUAAAUUACUGGAAUCGGAAAUAGCUGUUCUACCAGGAUCACGUGACGUCACUGGAAGGAGUGUCGUCGUAAUCACCUUAUCUAUAUGGCAGAAAUAUUCUGAAAUUACAGCUACACAGAUGGCGCUGUUGUUGAUGUAUUUUCAUGGCAUCCCUAAGAAAGAAGUAAUAAGACGAGGGUUUUUAGUGCUGUUAGACUGUCACCAUGCUUCAAAUACAGAAUUAACCGAACUUGACGAAGCACUGUACCUAUUACAGGCGAAUGUGAAUAAUGCAGUCAGUUCUGUGUUGAUCUGGACAAUGGAAGAAGGAAUUGACCAAUCAUAUUUCCUUAAAAGCCAAGUCAAAUACGAGGUGAUAACAAGUAAAGAAAACCUUCACAAAUUUAUUAAACAAGAACAACUACUCCCACAGAUUGGCGGUAGUUAUUUUUAUGACCAUCAGGAAUGGGUGAGCUUCAGAAAGAGCAUUGAACCUUUUAUUAAUGGUUGUUGCAUUUGUGGGCGCCACCUCGUGAGAAUCAUGCAAGAGUUAUGUACCAGUCGUAUGCCUUCGUCAGCCUCUUUAACAAGUCAGUUGAUUGAACAUCAUAGGCGAAUCAUCGGUUCCACGUUUCAAGGCGAUUAUCUGCGCCAUCUAGAAGAAGAAGGAGAUACUAUUUUGAAAAGAAUUGUUUCUAUUCAAAAACGUAUGCCUCAUAAUGUUGAUUACAGGGAGACUGUAGACAGGGGAACUACCCUAUAUAGGGAACUUCAGUGUGCUGUUAGAAAGUUAACUAAAUUAGUGGAAAAACGUCAGAAGAAACUUGAAACCUGUCUUCGUCUCAAAACAUUUGAAGAAGAGUCAAGUCAGGUACUGGGAUGGCUGUGUUGGAAAGGCGAAGAAACGCUAUCCAAACAUCAAGCUAUGGCUGACUCUUUUGACGCCGUCAAAGAGCAGGAAGGGGAAUUUGAGAAAUUCUACUUUUUGGCCAUGCGUCAGAUUGAAAAAGGUAAUGAUUUAAUGGAAGAAGCCUCCACAUUCGAACCCAUGUCGAAAUCCUCUGUUGGUGGACAUCCUGGGGUGCAAACUUUAGCGUCUUCGCUGGCGAAACAUCUAUACGAUUUUACAGAGCGCCUUGAUGACACACGAGAAAGGCUGGAAGACAGUACCAAAUGUUACAGCCUUCUAGACCGGGCUUAUGAAUGGGCAGUGGAGACAAUGAAAUUUAUAUCUCAUCUGAAAACGGAGAAGACAACAAAUUCCACGGAACUAAUAAAACUAACUAAAUCACUUCAAGACUAUGUGGACAACAAUCCACCAAUUAGUGAGGAAAUAUUCCAUGAAAUGAUAAGCUUGGCCACAAGACUGGAGAAUGAAAGCCUACUUGAGCAGUGUAGAGUAAGUGUACA